AUGUUCAUGAGCGCCUUUCCUGCAGCUCAGGUAAAGGGCUCUGGGCUGGUCAACCCGCAGCUUGGAGAGGAAGAAAUCUCUUCCCCAGGUCCUUCCUCCACCUCCUGGAAUGAGGCGUGUGGGGGCAGCUCCCGCCACACUCAGCUCUUUCCCAGGAGCCGCCACCGGGGGUUGGAGCCGCGCCGCUGCCCAGGCGCUCCCCGCGAUCUGUGCGGACGGGAGGAAGGGGACCUGGCAGCGGGAUCGGACCUCCUUCCUCCACUUGGGAACCGCGCAGCGGGAGCCGGCGGGGUGGGGACCGCCUGGGGCAGGCGGCGCGAGGCUGGGCGGGAUGGGGGCGGGGCGGAGCGCGGGGCAGCUCCUCCCACUGCGCUCCCGGAACUGCGAGCGCUGGGUACACGCGAGUGUGCGGUUCCCGAGCUGCCGCUGCCUCCACCUCCUACCCAGCGAACUGGGCCCGGUGCUGCUGGUGGCCGGGCGAUGUCUGGCGGCUGCCCCCAGCGCAGCCGGGUCGCCGGGGAUGUGGCUCAAGCCGAGGAGGUGCUGGUGAAGACCCCUGAAGCUCUGGGUGGCCCAGAGGAGCAGCGGCUACCUCUUGCCAGAGCAGCUCCAGUUCAACUUGUAAUCCCUUGGGUUGAUAUCCAGAAAUUGGAAAGGACAUCCAACGUCUUUGUGGCGGACACUAUCCGGAUGACCACCCAGAAUAAGGAGCGUGACUCCUCCAUGUUUCUGAUCCUGGAUGCUGUCUUGAAGAUCAUGGAGCAGCUGGUAGAUGUGAUGCUGCAGAGGCUGCUGGAUAACGAGGUCUGGAGUCAGAUGUGCAAGAGCCAAGCCAGAUCACCAAGAGACCUUAACACAAAAAAGCUAGUGGAGGAGCAUCACACAGACAACCACCAGUGUGCCCAGACACAAGCCCACCAACCUGCAACCUGUACACUCCAGAGUGCAAACAUCAAUUCAUAAAGGACAAAACACAACUUUUCAAGCACAAGUUGAAGGUUUAAAAGCUCACGAGCACUGUGUGAAUAAGGAAGGAAGAAAAUAGGUGAUGUGCAGCCAGAUCCCAUCUGCUGCAGAAGAAGCUGGUGCUCCUAUG